AUGAGUAGCGAAUUGGAAGAUCCUUUGGACAAGCAUGCCCGUCGUUGUGGACAACGUGUAUUCCUGGACAUUAUUCGCUACGCAUGCGAUGGAACCAUUCCGCAAAAGUACUCUAAACGUUCCCGUCGCUCCGGUGUCGGGUCCCGUAGAAGCUCCUCAUAUAGUGAGACGGAAGAGGAUGAAUUUGAAAAAUAUCCACCGCUAGAUUGGGAGGAUCAACUCACUCGCCGAAAUGUCAAAAUUAUCUCUCUUCCGUUUAAGGCGGGGUCGGUAGCGUCGGAUAUGUUAGGAGAAGCUAUUCGCUGUUCAGCGUACUCUCCACGAUUGAUUCUCGCUAGUACAAUAACUGAGAAGUCGUCGGAAGUGGAUCCUGUUGGUCUACGUCCACACCAGGCUCUUGAUCUGCCUGGGGACGCUGGGGACUCCAACAAGCCUGAUGACCAAUGGACGCUACGCGACACGGUAGAACCUGCAAAAAAACAGCAUCCGAGUUUCCGUUGA